CUCGUUCUCAAUCCGAACCCGAGCCGCUCCUUCCCCUCCCUCUCUUUCUCUCUCUUCCCCUCCCACUGUCGCUCUAUAUCUCCAUUGCUAUUGGAGACGAAGCAAGAAUCGAAGAAUAAAUCGGAGAAGAGAUCGAUCGAUCGAGGGAAGAUGUGCGGCAUCUUCGCGUAUUUAAACUAUAAUGUUACGAGGGAGAGGAGGUACAUCUUGGAGGUGCUCUUCAAAGGCCUAAGGCGGCUCGAGUACAGGGGCUACGACUCCGCCGGUAUCGCGAUCGACUCCGAUCGUGGCUGGCCUCCGGCCCCGGUGGCGGGGGGAGAGAAUGGAGGGAAGGAGACCGGGAGGCCGGCCUACGAUUCGCCCUUCCCCCUUAUUUUCCGGCAGGAAGGGAAGAUCGAAUCCCUUGUCGGAUCCGUAUUUUCCGAGGUGGAUGCAAUGGACUUAAAUUUGGAGAAGCCAUUUUCUGUUCAUGCUGGAAUCGCACACACACGAUGGGCUACUCAUGGUGUGCCUUCUCCGAGAAAUAGUCAUCCACAAUCAUCAGGUCCAUGGAAUGAGUUUGUUGUUGUUCAUAAUGGUAUUAUAACUAAUUAUGAGGUUCUAAAGGAGACAUUAAUUAGACAUGGGUUCACGUUUGAAUCAGAAACUGAUACAGAAGUUAUCCCAAAGUUUGCAAAGUUUGUAUUUGAUAAGGCUCAUGAUGAAGAAGGUGAACAAACUGUCACUUUUGCUCAAGUUGUUACAGAGGUUAUGAGGCAGCUUGAAGGAGCAUAUUCUCUUAUAUUUAAAAGUCCACGCUAUCCAAAUGAGCUAAUUGCCUGCAAGCGUGGUAGCACAUUGAUCCUGGGUGUCAAAGAACUAACUGAUGCAAAUAGUGGAACAUUUUCUCAUGAUGAUAAAACCUUCACAACAAUUGGGAAGCCAAAAGAAUUUUUCUUUUCAAGUGAUUUAUGUGCUAUUGUGGAACAUACUAAAAACUAUUUGGCUAUUGAAGAUGAUGAAGUUGUCCACAUCAAGGAUGGUUGUGUAUCAAUCCUCAAGUUCGACUAUGGCAAAGAAAAGCCAGCAUCAGUGCAACGUGCAUUAUCUGUUCUUGAGAUGGAGGUUGAGCAAAUAAAGAAGGGAAACUAUGAUCACUUCAUGCAGAAAGAAAUUCAUGAACAACCACAUUCUUUAACUACAACCAUGAGGGGAAGGCUCAGAGCCAAUGAUGUGGUCUUGGGUGGUCUCAAGGAUCACCUGAAGACAAUCAGGCACAGCAGAAGGAUCAUCUUCAUUGGUUGUGGUACAAGUUAUAAUGCAGCUUUAGCUGCAAGACCAUUUAUGGAAGAGCUAUCUGGUAUCCCUGUUACUUUGGAGCUUGCAAGUGACUUGCUGGACAGACAAGGUGUAAUGUAUAGAGAAGAUACGGCAGUUUUUGUUAGUCAGUCUGGGGAAACUGCAGAUACCCUACUUGCCCUUGAAUAUGCCUUAGAACAUGGGGCAUUGUGUGUUGGCAUAACAAAUACUGUAGGUAGUACAUUAGCCAGAAAAACACACUGCGGUGUUCACAUAAAUGCCGGGUGUGAGAUAGGUGUUGCUAGCACGAAGGCAUACACCAGUCAGAUAGUAGUUAUGGUCAUGAUGGCACUGGCUAUUGGAGCUGACAAAAUAUCCACUCAGUCUAAAAGGGAGGCUAUUAUUAAUUCUCUUCCUGACCUACCAAAUAAAGUAAGUGAGGUCCUGAAACUGGAUAAUGAAAUGAAAGAUCUGGCUGAGUCAUUAAUAGAGGUGCAAUCACUUCUUGUGUUCGGUAGAGGUUACAACUAUGCCACUGCUUUAGAGGGUGCUUUGAAAGUGAAGGAAGUAGCACUCACCCAUAGCGAAGGUAUGCUUGCAGGUGAAAUGAAACAUGGCCCAUUGGCACUAGUGGAUGAGACUCUCCCCAUCAUUGUUAUUGCCACACGUGAUGCUUGUUUCAGUAAACAGCAGUCAGUAAUUCAGCAGCUUCAUGCACGUAAAGGUCGCUUGAUUGUUAUGUGCUCAAAUGGAGAUGCAUCCUCUGUAUGCCCUAGUGAAUCUUGCAGAGUUAUUGAGGUCCCUCAGGUUGCAGAUUGCCUUCAACCAGUAAUUAAUAUAGUUCCUUUGCAGUUGCUAGCAUAUCAUCUAACAGUUCUACGAGGCUAUGAUGUGGAUCAACCAAGGAAUCUUGCAAAGAGUGUGACGACACAAUGAAACAAGCCUGAUUCUUUGUGCAAAUUCUUUUAACUCUGAGGAGACUUGAUCAUAGUCAGGAUUUCAAUUCUUUGUAGUUCACCGUGUAGUCUGUUUCCCCAAUAUGUUACUCCUAUGUAGUAACAUACUGGGAUGCAUACAAUCAGUUCCCUGGCUGUAUAAGUUGUCACUUCUGUUACUAACUUCUGGAGUGCAAAUUUGUAAGAAAAAGAUGCAUUGAUGUUGGUGAUUCAGCAAAGACCGAAUUCAGUUUUGCUAUUACUCUAUCGGGCAGAAUGUGUGAUCCAGUGCAGAACCAGUCUAAUUGCUGCUGGGCAAGGGAUGCUACCAGGGUUCACACUUAUGACUCAUUUCCUGCAUGCAGAAUAAUAGGGAAUUGACUUUAAGUUUACACCUCAACACACGUGGAUAUGCUUUAGUGAAGGAGGUGCUAAUGGAUGGUGGUAUGGCCCCAUUUAUUAGUGAUAAAUCUCAAAUCUUGGCUUUUGAGGAUUGCUAUUUAUCUUUGUUUUUUGAAAUCCUUCGCAUCAAUGGAACAUAUCUUUCCAUGGUAACAAGGAAUAACUGCUGCCAUGGAGGUACCCCAUGAUCUCUUCCCUGGAAAAGCCCCUUAAUGAUCCAGUUCAGUUUGGAGCUAAUGCUUGGAGUUUCCAGCAUUGCAUAUCAGAUCAUCCUGGCACUCAAGUUUAUCAUUCUGCAGUAUAUGCUAUUGGAGCCAAUUAGUUCACAACACUGCAAAAUACAGGGUUUACGGCUGGCUCUUUAACUUCUUGUGGGGGCCAUCUCUCAUCGAAUCUUGUGCAACAAACCAUGACAUGGUUUCAGAUAGGGGUGUUGAUAAAAUGGUCACUAAUCUUUUUCAAAUUGACAGCACAAUCAUUUUCAUUUAUUUUUAUAGAAUCAGUUAUUUUUUAA